UGUUCUUCCUUUAACUCCUUCAACUCGGUUUGGACCUCCAGGAGCGCGUCGUUUUGUUGGUCAAUGGUUUUCUUGAGCUCCUUGACCAGCGUAACCAGCUCCUCAAGGCUGGCUGCGGUGUCUCCGUCCUCCUCCUCAUAAUCGUCGUCGCUGUCUUCGACAUCCCGAAAAUGUAACGGUGGAGACUUCUCCGCUCGAGUCGUUCGGCGCGUGCGGCGCAAUGCCUGGUUUUCGCGGACUUUGGAGGUCGGUGCCGGUGGACGGCUGCUUCGAGGUGCUCGGGCGAGCUUUUCUGGCGACACGGUGAUGGUCGCGCGUUGCUCGGAGUUCGAUUCAUUGUGGUCAUUGGCUGCGGGUGCAGCCGACGCUAAGGACACGUGUCCUCUGCGGGUGCGCGCUUACCCUCGGAAGCCUGUUUCCUCGAUGCGAUGGAGUGUUUAACGAUCAGGGUAUCCUUUUCGUUCUUAGAGGUACUCAAGCAUUUGAGCAUUAGUGCAGUGAUCUCUUAUGCUACAGUUGUUCCUGAAUCUGUCUACUGUACUGCAAGGGAAGCAUAUCAUGGCCGAACGAAAUAUCCAAAUUUUCGAGCCCGAAUCCAUCCAGCGUCAAGUCUCGCCAGCCUUUUACACCGAGAAUGUGUUCACGAUCAGCGAUCCGACCUUUGGGUUAGAGUGGCUCGAGAAAAUCGGUAAAGGCAACAUUAAACACCUGGCCAAGCUUCGAAUUUUUGUCCAUGCAGUGUAUGAGAAGGGAAUUUUUCCACCUGGCCAUAUUUUCUACAGGCCACCAUCCGGUCCACCGUGGUGCAAGCUUUUCCGUAGGCUGGCUACCGAUGGUGCCGGGCUACGACAAAUCUACAUCUUCUGGGAUUCAGAGCCAACGUGUUGGCAUUUUGGAGGAGGGACUGAUGUCGAGGUUGUUCGGGCAUUGGCAGAGAUCCGAGGCCUGCAGAAGCUGGAAAUUGACGGAUAUUUCGCGAAGGAGUGGCCCGCGUAUUUGCAGAAAAAGACAGGAUUGACGGUCUGGAGUCCGAACGGACGAGAGGAUUGGUAUUAUAGAGAGCUGAGCAAGUUUCAGCGAAAUACCCAGGAUCUGGCACCUUGAAUCGGGGCUUCCUUGCUGGUACUGGCCGCUCGUGACGGGCUGAAUAUAGUCGACCUGAAGCGAGAGCGGAAUGACGAAUGAGCGGGCGAGAGCUACAGUAUCUAGCUUUUAGCAACCGGUUCACGAAGCUCAGUCAGAAUAGUAAUUGUCAUCGUCCCCAAUGAUGUCCCUGCAGCUAGCCAGCAUUCCAUACCCGGUUUCCCCCCUUGGGGUUAGAC